AGGACAGAAGAGAUGAACUUCAACUGGACAUCAGAGGAAAACAGCUUUGAUAAAAGCUUCAACAUCAGCGAGAGCAUGAACACCACUCAGAGAAACCAUAGUGAUGAUAACAGUGGCAUUAAAAUGGUUCAACAAAUCCAAACAUGGCUGGACCCGAUCAGCAUUGGCAUUGGACUUCCUUUGACUCUAAUAGUGAUAGUUGCAGUUUUUCUACAGGUGAAAAAGGAUCAUGGUGUCCCAGUCUACGUCAUCAACCUUCUCUUUUCUGAUCUCAUUCAGUUCAGCGGCAGAAUUAUAAAUUCAUUUAAUCCUGGACUCGCCGGUGGUAUCAUGUAUUUUGGUUUAAUAGCCAGUGUUGGAUUCAUGGCCUGUAUCUCCUUGGAAAGGUAUUUGGUCAUCGCCAAGCCACUGUGGUACAGAUUCAGGAGAAACAUCAAGACCUAUGUGGUGGUCUGUGCUGUGGUCUGGACUCUUCCUCUUAUGAUUCCAAUAAUUCUGCUUCUGGCUACUAAUCCUCGGAUGUUUCUCAUCAUCAUACCAUAUUUUCUUCUUCUGCCCUUUCUCUUCUUCAUCUUCUUCUUUGUUGGGACUAUUAAAGCUCUGUCUGGAGCCCUCAGUGUCCCAGCAGAAGAAAAAAGACGAAUUGUAGCCAUUCAGGUUGUGGUGCUGCUAAUUUACUCUCUGCUUUUCCUGCCCAUCAUUGUUUUUUUUCUGUUACAUGAAAGAAGUUCAAUUCUUUAUAUACUGUUCCCAGUUUGUAUUUAUCUUAGUCCCCUUGCAGACCCAAUUCUUUAUUUGUUAAGUCGUAAAAGCUUCCUGGAUAAGUUUCUGGCUUCACUCUGUUCUUGUAAAGCAUCAGACAAUCAGGAGAUGAGCAGCAAGGAUACUGAAAGCACGACUGCUCCACAUACUGAGACUGUUUAGGGUUUAAU